GCAUUUUCAUAUGUAAAUAUUAGUGGGAAAUUAUCAAUAGUAAACUACAGUAAAUUGAUAAUACAGAGUUCAUAGUUCAUACUCUAUGUUCCACGUAUUACUGUUGAUAAGGCCUGCAGGGUAUGUGGGAAGAUUUAUCUUCCAGAAGAUUGUAGUUAAUUAUCAUUAUGUAUCCAUAUAUAUUUUUUAUGUUUUACAGUUUAUUUUAUAUUAUGACUGUGAAUGGGUGUGUUUUCGGCCUGCAAACAAGACUGCUGUAAUGUUUGAUAUCAUAAUUUUUACAACUUUGCUUUGGCCACCACUUUAUAAUAACAACAUUAUAAUAACAACUUUUGAAGACAGUCAUAAAAAUGUGAAUUCCUUAAAGUUGUAUUAUGGCUAUUACACAAACGCCACGCGAGUGGACGAGCCCUCUCCAGUACCUGGCUGCUGCGCUGCCUUGUUGCCAUGGUUUCGUCAACACACAAGACGCUCGGCAGCUUGCUCCUGCGUUUACGCCACAACUCCGUGGUAACCUAGUCUACAAACAACUCAAAAGUACUGAGAAACUUUACUUUUGGCAGGUUGCGAAUGAUUUGCUGUAUAAUAUCUGUUCAUAUUUCGUGUAACACCUUCAAAUCAUUGCAGUAAAGUUGUUGUUUUGUGCUGGGAUAUCAAAGCUAGCAGCUACAAGAGUGAAAAGACUUUGUGGAUACAGUAGCCAAGUUAGCUUCUCGCACCAAUAUGGAGUUCGGUUCCAAACUCAAGGACCUGAAUAUGACACCGGAUGAAAUGGGCCGCUUUACCAAGGCUUUUCAAAAUGAGGAGUUCAGAAAGAUGCUGCACGAAUACGCAGAGGAAAUAUCAAAGCCAGAGAACAAGAAGAAAUAUGAGGAAGAAAUCAAGUUGUUAGAACAAGAGAGGGGCGUGGACAUUCAAUUUGUCCACCCCGAACCUUACCGAGCCCUGAAGACGAGUAUCGACGGUAGGCAGAAGUGCUUCAUCAAUGUCUGCAGCAAUGACAUGAUUCGUAAACCUGAGUUUAGGAGGGUAGACGAGGCUGGCAGAGUAGGGCAGCAUUGGUCACUACCCCACAGCUUGACACCUGGAACGCCAGACAGGGAUGCAAAGGGGAAUAAGUACACAAUCUAUGAUGUUGUGUUUCAUCCAGACACUAUUCACAUGGCUGGAAACAACCCAAGAUUUAUGGAAAUGGUCGACAACACUGCUGUUGAGGCUGUCGAGAAUGGGGGCAAAGUGAAGCUAGACAAAAACAAUGUAAGAGUUUUGAAAAUCAAAUACAAAGGGACACCACACGCUGCCGUCAUGCGCAAGCCCUUACCUGGUCAACCUGCCAAGGAAAAGCCUUCACCACUUGACAAUCAUCUCUCGUUCCCCUACCCCGACGAAAAGCAACCAGAUACGGCAACAAAUCAAAAGGAGAGCCCCAUACCGAAGGCCGAGAUUCAGUCCGACACCCAGAUCAGCCAGAGACAACAAAAUGUCAAUUCACCCAAGAAGCCAACAAAACCACAUUACACUCUAAAAUACAGAUCAUUCAUUGAUUUGCAAGAUUUCAGGUGUUCAAGAGAUUCAGCUCAGAGCCCACGCCCUAAAGAGAUUGUCAUCACUAUUGAUUUGCCUUUGCUUAGAUCUGUUGCGGAUGCUGAUCUAGAUGUGACUGAAAGACUUGUUAGUUUGGAAUCCAAGAAACCAGCUUACAGACUAGAGGUGCCGAUGGCAUAUCCAGUGGAUGAAAACAAGGGAGAGGCAAAGUUCAACAAGCAAAAGAAACAACUGGUUGUUACUUUACCUGUUCUACCUCUGAAGGAGCCAACAGUCGCUGAAGUGUCUGGCCGGCAGCUUGUCAAUGAUGAUGGUGAAGAGGAUUUUGAGAAUAGUUGUGUAAACGCAGCGCAGUCGGAAGACGCAACACGUGGCAAAGAAGAUACCCCCGACCACAACGGACUUGGCAAAGAAGAUACCCCCUACCACAGUGGACGUGGCAAAGAAGAUACCCCCGACCACAGUGGACGUGGCAAAGAAGAUACCCCCGACCACAACGAACUUGGCAAAGAAGAUACCCCCUACCACAGUGGACGUGGCAAAGAAGAUACCCCCGACCACAACAGACUUGGCAAAGAAGAUACCCCCUACCACAACGAACUUGGCAAAGAAGAUACCCCCGACCACAACGAACUUGGCAAAGAAGAUACCCCCUACCACAGUGGACGUGGCAAAGAAGAUACCCCCGACCACAACGAACUUGGCAAAGAAGAUACCCCUACCACAGUGGACGUGGCAAAGAAGAUACGACCACAACAGACUUGGCAAAGAAGAUACCCCCUACCACAGUGGACGUGGCAAAGAAGAUACCCCGACCACAACGAACACAGAAGAUACCCCUACCACAGUGGAUGGCAAAGAAGAUACCCCGACCACAACAGACUUGGCAAAGAAGAUACCCCCUACCACAGUGGACGUGGCAAAGAAGAUACCCCCUACCACAGUGGACGUGGCAAAGAAGAUACCCCCGACCACAACGGACUUGGCAAAGAAGAUACCCCCGACCACAACGGACUUGGCAAAGAAGAUACCCCCGACCACAGAGGACGUGGCAAAGAAGAUACCCCCGACCACAGAGGACGUGGCAAAGAAGAUACCCCCGACCACAGAGGAUGUGGCAAAGAAGAUACCCCCGACCACAGAGGACGUGGCAAAGAAGAUACCCCCGACCACAAAGGACGUGGCAAAGAAGAUACCCCCGACCACAGAGGACGUGGCAAAGAAGAUAGCCCCGACCACAAAGGACGUGGCAAAGAAGAUACCCCCGACCACAAAGGACGUGGCAAAGAAGAUACCCCCGACCACAGCGGUUGCAAUGAAGGGGACAUCUCAGAAGACGUUCACUCUGGAAAUGCCACAUCACUCCGGUCUGAAAAUCAACUAAUCUCAGUCCUGGAAGACAAGAUAGAGUUUUCUGAACAGUCUGGUGACAUUGAGGAGGACAAGCAACACAAACUGAAAAGUGGUGAAUCACACCAAGCUAAAGCUUCAGAGCCCACUGAGUUUGAUGGCAAGACUGGGUGCACUGACCAGAAUGAGGGACAGUCAGAUGACAAUAAUUUACAUGAUGAGGUGGAAACAGACCCAUCAUCUCCGAGCGAGAGAAUAGAUGACAAUGACCAGGCCAAAGACUGCUCAUCCCCCAAGAUCGAAGAGAUAGUUGAAAGUCAAGCUCCAACUAAGGAUAAACAGAAGACUGUGCAAUUCAGUGAGCAUGUGCAGGUGGCUCAGUCUCAGGAGGAAGAUGACCUGCCUGCUGAGCAGACCUUUCAGGACUGUGAUAUGAGACCACAGCAAGUACUGCUGACAGAAAUCAACCAGCAUGGACAAGAGGUGGUCAUUUGUGAUCAUACUACAUCUGCUGGUUUCGUUUUUCAAAACUCCUUUAUCUAUGACCUGGACUGAGUCUCCUGUCAGGGAACUUGCUCCGUCACAAAGAUACUAUAUGAAGUUUGUUGCUAAUUCAAUCCGUUGAGGUCUUGCGUGAAAACCUAAAGUCCUUUUAUCCAAUUGAGGGCAAUAGGAAAAAAAGUAUUUAAAUGGCAUUCUGCCCCUGAACAAGGAAGUUAACCCCCCUAGGCCAUCAUUGAAAAUAAUAAUUUGUUCUUAACUGACUUGCCUAGUUAAAUAAAGGUUUAAAAAAUGGAAACAGAUGACAAAUAUAAUUUUAAACCUUCAGAAACAAAUUGAGACAAUGAUAGAUAUGGAUAGUUUCUUUAAUUUCCUUUCAAACUUGUACCAAUACAGUAAAAAAUAAAACAUUUUUUGAAUUCCACAAA